UAAGUUAUGGUUUUUAACCCAGCCCAGAUGCCAGUAGUGAAUGAUGUGUGCCAGGCUAAUGGCCAGACUUACCAGAUCGGACAGCAGUGGUACAUGACGAACCAGGGGUACAUGCUUAUCUGUACCUGCGAGGGCAACGGCACCGGAUACUACUCCUGCGCGCCCUCCAACAACCCUGCGAACGAGCGCUGCGUGUACGAAGGCCAGUCCUACACCGUGGGGCAGACCUGGCAAAUCGACUACCAGGGAUACACCCUCACCUGCACAUGCGUGGGAGAGGGCACCGGCAGAGUCACCUGCGCAUGAGCAGAAACGCCAUGUCGAUGACGUCAUCACAAAUAUGCAUCCUGCUCUCCUUGUGCAAAGACUUGCACAAACACAAUCCAAAACAGCACUUUAUCUUUAUUUCUUUCUUUGAAUUCUUUCUUUGAAUUCU